AUGAAGGACGUGAUACUGAUCCUGUGCCUCCUGAAAAUGAGUUCUGCAGUGCCGGCAUUUCCUCAACAACCUGGGAUACCAGGCAUGGCUAGUUUGAGCCUUGAGACAAUGAGACAGUUGGGAAGUCUGCAGGGAUUAAACAUGCUUUCUCAGUAUUCAAGAUUUGGCUUUGGGAAAUCAUUUAAUUCUUUGUGGAUGAAUGGUCUUCUCCCACCACAUUCCUCCUUCCCAUGGAUGAGACCAAGGGAACACGAAACUCAACAGUAUGAAUAUUCUUUGCCUGUGCAUCCCCCACCUCUCCCAUCGCAGCCAUCCCUGCAGCCUCAACAGCCAGGACAGAAACCUUUCCUCCAGCCCAACGUUGUCACCUCCAUCCAGAACGGAGUCCAGAAGGGCCUACCUCAGCCUCCGAUUUACCAGGGACAUCCGCCCUUGCAGCAAGCCGAGGGGCCAAUGGUUGAACAGCAGGUGGCGCCAUCAGAAAAGCCACCAACGACCGAGCUACCAGGAAUGGAUUUUGCUGAUCCACAAGAUCCACCGAUAUUUCCAAUAGCCCAUUUGAUAUCUCGGGGACCAAUGACACAAAAUAAACCAUCUCCACUUUACCCAGGAAUAUUUUACGUGACCUACGGAGCAAAUCAACUGAACGCUCCUGCCAGACUUGGCAUCAUGAGCUCAGAAGAAAUGGGGGGAGGAAGAGGAGGCCCCGUGGCCUAUGGAGCCAUAUUCCCAGGAUUUGGAGGCAUGAGGCCCAGCCUUGGAGGGAUGCCCCAGAACCCAGACAUGGGUGGGGACUUUACUCUGGAGUUUGACUCCCCAGUCGCUGCAACCAAAGGCCCGGAGAAGGGAGAAGGAGGUGCACAAGACUCCCCUGUGCCAGAGGCCCACCUAGCCGAUCCGGAAAGCCCAGCUCUCCUUUCAGAGCUAGCACCUGGUACCCUCGGAGGGCUCCUUGCUAAUCCUGAGGGCAAUAUUCCCAACCUGGCAAGGGGCCCUGCAGGGCGCAUCAGGGGAUUCCUUAGGGGAGUCACCCCAGCAGCUGCCGACCCACUUAUGACCCCUGGAUUAGCUGAGGUUUAUGAGACCUACGGUGCUGAUGAGACCACAACUCUGGGUCUCCAGGAAGAAACUACUGUGGACUCCACAGCAACCCCUGACACUCAGCACGCAUUGAUGCCAAGAAACAAGGCCCAGCAGCCCCAAAUCAAGCAUGAUGCGUGGCAUUUCCAAGAGCCCUGA